GAGCACGGCAUCUCUGUGGGACUGCUGCUGCUGCUGGUAGGCGGUAAAUAAAAUGGCGCCUUCUCCAACAAAACGAAAAGAGGAUGACAAGAGUAAAACACGACCCAAAGAGAAGUCCGGCACUGCCAAAGAAGGGGGAGACAAGAAGGACCGAGGCAGAGACAAGAACCGCACCCGGAGAGGAGCGUCCAGUGGCAGCAGCAGCUCUAGCUCCAGCAGCAGCUCUGGCUCCAGUUCGGGCUCCUCUAGUGGCUCCAGCUCCUCCGGUUCCAGUCACUCUGGCUCUUCUUCCUCACGUUCCUCUUCUUCUUCCUCUUCAUCAUCCUCCCCUAGCACCAGCCGGCAGCGCCACAACAACAGACGACGCUCACGCUCCAAGUCCAAAUCAGCAAAGAAAGACGAGAGGGAGAGGCGACGAAGAAGCCCCACUCCCAAACCCACCAAGCUGUCCCUGGGCAGGCUGACCAGGAAUGUGGUCAAGGAGCACAUUCAAGAGAUCUUCUCCACCUAUGGUAAAAUCAAGCACAUUGAGAUGCCCAUGAACCGGCUGCACCCUCACCUGUCCAAGGGGUAUGCCUAUGUGGAGUUUGAUACGCCGGAGGAGGCAGAAAAGGCCCUCAAACAUAUGGAUGGAGGUCAGAUUGAUGGUCAGGAGAUCACAGUCACCGCAGUUCUGACCCCCAUCGUCCGUCCUCCCCCUCGCAGACUAUCCCCGCCUCCUCGCAGGCUCCCUCCUCCUCCCCCUAUGUGGAGACGCACCCCACCUCGCAUGAGACGCAGGUCUCGGUCACCACGGCGACGCUCUCCAAUUCGUCGCAGGUCUCGUUCUCCGGGCCGCAGGCGUCACCGGUCACGCUCCAGUUCAAACUCCUCCCGUUAGUUUAUAUUUAAAUCGUUUCCUGAUGUUUUAUUCACUUAGUGAGCCACCAAUUUAUAGUGACUUGCUGUAUUAUUUUUAUUUGUGUCGUGUGAAAUAGGUUGCGUUCAUGUGACAUCAGAAAUGAUAGAAUCCCUGUAGUUUCAAACUGAGCUGGAUGACACGUCAGAAUUCUAAGGUGGACUUAGCUGUUUAACUGUCACAUUGCAAAUUUGUUGACCUCAUUUAUGGUUAAUCUCUGUAAUUACUGGGCCUAUCCACAUGAAAGAAAAACUGUCAUGAAGUUAAAUGCCUCAUCUGUCAGAAUAGAUAAACAAAAAUUAAAUUAUUUUCAAUAGCUUUAGAAAAUGGCGGCAUUAUUCAACCCCACAGGAAAGGACUUUAUGUUAUAAGAUUAGCUGAUAGUUUGCAGUGACAUCACGCUGGGGCUGUUCUACAUGUAUCUCUAUGGUGGAAUGCUCAGCAGUUGUCAUGGAGACAUAAUGCACACAAAUUGCAAACACUGUCAAAAAAAGGUGACAGUGACUAACUGAAAAACUGUUGGCUAAUGCUAACUUGUAAUUUUAUGUAUGAUAGACUUGUUUAACGGUACAAAUUGGCUCACCUGUUGUAGUUCCAACUAAGUCAGCUCUUUAUUUUCAGAUUGUGUUUUAAAAAAGUUAUCAUCACACCCCCAGGUAAUGUUGAUGGCAUCAGCAGCAAUGUAUCAAUGUGGCAAGUUUUUUAAACCAAUCCCUAAUAAAUUUAUGUGGAUUUUAUAUUUGGAUAUUUAAUUCACACAGUGAAUCUCUUAUUGACUUGUAUGGGCCCUACCCUCCAUCUGAAAUUAUAACAUAAAGGCAACUUAUUUUCAAUGUAACAAUCAAAUGCAAUGUUCAACAAUGUUCUUAAGAGUAAUUGCUUGUAUGUAUGAUGUUUGAACGCUCUCAAAAUAAUUUAAAACCUUGUGGAAAGUGCUGUUAAAGUAAAAGCUUAUCCAAUUUUAAAUAGCACUCCCUAUGUGUCCUGUUAUUUUAAUUCUACUGUAAAUAGUACCUUACCACGUACUAUUGUAAGUUUCCGAUAUGCCCCGUUGAGUUACUUUUAGAGUUUUCAGUUCUUCAGUUUUUGUUUUAAAUAUUUGUGUUUUUAUAAGGACUGUCCACUGCCUGUGUAAUAUUGUAUUAUCAGACUUCUCUGUGAAAUUGCUAUUCUCUGUACAAUAAAAUUCUGUGAAAUC